AUGGACGGCAAGGUUAUCCAGGCUGGUAAAUUCGACAACAAAUCCACUAACGAGGAACGAGACGCCCUUUUGCGUACCUUGCUCGAAACUGCGGAGAACGCAGACCAAAUUAAUGACCAGGACGAGAUGGAUGAUGAUGAUCUUAACGAAAUCAUGGCCCGUUCCGAAGCAGAAUUUGCCCUUUUCCAAAAGAUUGAUGCGGAGCGGAUUAAAAACAGCGAGUACGGCCCUGGACACAAGUACCCUCGUCUCCUUGCAGAGGAAGAAUUGCCCGACAUCUACCUCACCGAAGAGAACCCUGUAGCCCCUGCAGUCGAGGAGGUGGCCGGCCGUGGUGCUCGAGAACGCAAGAACAUUAAAUAUGACGACGGCUUGACUGAAGAACAAUGGUUAACAGCUGUUGAUGGCGAUGAAGAAACGCUUGAAGAGACAAUUGCCAAGAACGACGCCAGAAUGGAACGGCUUCGUGCGAACCGCGAGAAGCGUCAGAGGAAAGCGCAAGGGCUUGACUCUUCCCCAGAGCCUUCCAGAGAGACAUCCGUCACCCCACAGCAAAAGAAACGCCGUAAGGGACCCGUACCAAAACGCAAGGCUGAUGAAGCCAUCGAUGACGCUCCCUCCAAGCGCAAGAAAGGCCGAGUUAGCAAGGCUGCGGACUCUCUUACCAAUUCUGAACGUGCUACAUUACAGAAAACCCUUAGCAAUGUCUACCAGGCUCUCAUGGACCUUGAGGAGGAUGUUCCCGCCGACUCAGAAGAUAGUGACGAUGAGCCUAUGACACGUUCUGUUAUCGAACCGUUCAUGAAGCCCCCGCCGAAAUCGCAGUAUCCAGACUAUUAUAUGAUCAUCCAGACCCCGAUGGCUAUGGACAUCAUCAAAAAGAAGAUCAACCGCGAGGAGUAUCGAAACCUCAAGGACUUCCGCGAGGAUAUUCGCUUACUCUGCACCAAUGCCCGGACAUACAAUGAAGACGGAAGUAUCCUCUUCCAGGAUGCCAACAAUAUUGAGGCUACUUGCGACGCUGAACUAAAGAAGGAGACUGAACAACACCCUGAGCUUGCUGACUUGGAUGACGUCGGUUCAUCCGUGGGCGACGAAUAG